AUGUCGGCAAUCACAAUUCUUAAAAUGCUGGCGGACAACAGCCGCUCAGGGCAUUCCCAUUCCCUGGCAGCUCGGCUUCACGAGGAUGUGACGCUAGAUAUCGACCCGCUGCCAGUGGUGCAACGACGAGGCCUCAUCGCUAUUACUAUCAUGGCUUUCUUGUCGUUUUUCGCGACAGGAGGUUUACUAUCAUUCAUUACCUAUCGCCUUAUCUUCUGGAAAGGCUCAUACACCCGAUACAUCGGUUACAACCAGUACAUUAUUCUCAUCUACAACCUCGUCCUGGCUGACUUUCAACAAUCGCUUGCCUUCCUGAUUUGCCUGAAAUGGAUCGUCACCGACAAAAUCAAAUCAGGCACCGCCGGCUGCUUUCUUCAAGGGUUAUGGCUUCAGAUCGGCGAUCCGGGCAGUGGUCUAUUCGUCCUGGCCAUUGCGAUUCACACAUUCCUUCUUGUUGUUUGGGGUCGCAAAAUGUCCUACAGAACAUUCAUCUGCUUCGUUUGUGGUGUUUGGGCUUUCAUCGCUAUCAUUGUGAUCAUUCCAAUUGGCAUGUACGGAGCCGAUGUGUUUGUUCCAUCCGGCGCCUGGUGCUGGAUUAGCGAAGAGUAUGAAACCGUUCGUCUCUGGACUCAUUACAUUUGGAUUUUCUUCGCUGAGUUCGGCACUGUCUGUCUCUACGCUGUUAUGUACUUCCAGCUCCGCAGACAGAUUGCUCAAUCGUCUAUCUUGGGUAACAGCCAGUUGGAAAGUCUGAAGCGCCUGCGACGCGUGGUUGGAUACAUGACCAUCUACCCCAUUGUCUACAUUGUUCUUUCACUUCCACUCGCCGCUGGACGUAUGGCCACGGCAAAUGGCAGCACUCCAUCUCUCACCUUCUUCUGUUGCGCUGGUAUGUACUCCCUCCACACCCUCAUCUCACGAUCGAGCAACCCCGCUAACUUUUACUCAGGUGCCUUCAUGACAAGUUCCGGCCUAGUCGACGUCGUGCUAUACACUCUUACCCGUCGUAACCUCAUCAUCGAUUCCGAGCCCAGCGAGGACCGUUCUUACAACAAAUUCGCCAGCAGCAAGGGACGUCGCGGAGAUCACUUGACUACCAUCACUGCCGAGCCUAAGUCCAGGAAAAACGCCAUCUCGGACGGCACAGACCUCGAUGGCUCGACCGAUAAUAUCGUUCAGCCUAGUGUCGAGAUGGGUCCCAUGGGCAAGGUAUACCAGGAGACCACCAUUGAAAUCACGCAUGAGCCUGCAUCUGCAUACCCAUCAGAGGGUGCGAGUGAACGGUCCAGCAAAGAAGAUUUUGCUGAACCUUCAUCGCGCACGUGGAGGCGAUGA